GGACAAACGACCUAUUAGCACUGUUAGCACUUAGCUUGUAUGUACAGUAGCAUGUGAGCAGGGCACACUUUUGUUUAUGUUUUGACCGGCUCACUUAUGAAUCUGUUAACAUUAGCACGAACAAUCUGCUCAUAACAGCGAGAGCUCAUAGAACAACUCAAAAAGGAAAGGAUGCAUUGGCUGUAGAUCCUGCUUUGUCCUUUAUGAGCAGACCUCAGGAUGCCGUACCACUGUGUUGCCUACGGAUGCGGCAAAACUGCAGAGGAUGGUGUGACACUCUUUAAAUUCCCCAAGGACCCAGAGGAGUUUCGCAAAUGGGAGAAGCAGGUGCAGCGCACCCGCACCCAGUGGGUUGCCACACCAAACUCUUACCUCUGCAGUGAGCAUUUUGGCAAGGAGUAUUUUGAGCCCAAGCCAUCCACGGGCUCUCUGAAGCUGAGGCCGGGAGCUGUUCCGACAGUGUUUGUCCGUCCUCACUGUUCUUCCUGCAGUGGAGUUGGCUGUAGUAAGUGCCUGCCUGCUAUCCAACGGCGGGGCAUUGCAGCUGAACCGAGAGAGCGCACCAUUCAGUUUGAUGAUACUGAUGGAGGAGGCAAUGAAGAACACCCAGCAGGAGGAGGGGUGAAGCCGGGAGAAAAAAGCGGAGAAGAACGACCAGUGGUGUGUGAGAUGUGUGGCAUCAGCGGCUACAUCAGCACCUUCUUUUCAAAGUCCAAGCGUUUCUGCAGUACAUCCUGCGCACGUUCCUACUCAUCCAACUCCAAGAAGUCCUCCAUACUGGCACGUCUGCAGGGAAGGCCGCCCACGAAAAAAGCCACAGUGCUGAACAAGGUGAACAAAGUCCUUCCAAGCCUAACAGGAACGGAUGCAUCUGCGUCAGGUUUUGAGUGGGGAGCGUACUUGGAGAAGGAAACCUCUCUGGCUGCGUCGGUUUCCUGCUUCAGACAUGCUCCCCUGUGUGCCCAGUGGGAUGACAUCAUCGUAGGCAUGAAGGUGGAGGUCCUGAACACAAACGCAGUCUUGCCCAGUAAAGUCUACUGGAUCGCUACCGUCAUCCAGGUUGCAGGAUAUAAAGCCCUGCUGAGAUACGAAGGCUUUGAGCACGACAGCAGCCAUGACUUCUGGUGCAGCCUCGUUUCAGGAGAGCUGAACCCGAUUGGAUGGUGCGCCAUGACGAGCAAGCUGCUGGUACCGCCACAGGAUGCAAAGCAGGACAUCCCAGAUUGGAAAGCGUAUCUGAUGAAAAAGCUGGUGGGGGCUAACACUCUACCUGUCGACUUCUACCUGAAGUUGGCAGAAAGCAUGAAGACCUCUUUCAGAGUAGGUAUGUAUGUGGAGGUGGUGGACUCCAAACACAUUAGUCGCACCCGUGUGGCCACCAUAGACCAGAUCGUCGGCGGCCGUCUGCGGCUGGUGUACACGGACCAAAGCGAAGCCCCCGAAAACACCACCCUUGACUUCUGGUGCCACAUGUGGAGUCCCCUCCUGCACCCGAUAGGCUGGUCCAGCAAAGUGGGUCAUGACAUUAAAACGUCUGGAACUGCUUUUAGAAGUAACAUGAACAGUUCAUCCCUGCUCUUCAAAAAGCCCAGGUUUGUCUACAUGGAGGGUGGUUUCUUUGAGAAAGGAAUGAAGCUGGAGGCCAUUGACCCUCUAAACCUGGGAAGCAUCUGUGUGGCCACUAUACACAAGGUUCUGUUGGACGGCUACCUGAUGGUGGGUAUCGAUGGCACCAUAUCAAACAAUGGCUCCGACUGGUUUUGUUACCACGCCUCGUCUCAUGCCAUCCUUCCUGUAAACUUCUGUAAAAAGAACAACAUCCCUCUUACAGUACCUGGAGGCUAUGACUCGCAAACGUUCACUUGGGACAACUACCUGAAGGAGAAAAAGGCUAAAGCUGCACCAGCACAUCUCUUUAAUGCUGACUACCCGGGUCACAGCUUCUCCCCCAACAUGAAGCUGGAGGCAGUGGACUUGAUGGAGCCGCGUCUGGUGUGCGUGGCCACCGUGAAGCGAUGCGUCGGCCGCCUGCUGCUCAUCCACUUCGACGGCUGGGAGGACGAAUUCGACCAGUGGAUCGACCACCAGUCACCGGACAUCUACCCCAUCGGCUGGUGUGACCUCCUGGGCUACCCGCUCCAGCUGCCUCCUGGACUCGUAGAUUUAACCGAAAACCAAGCAGUACACAAGCACCGCAAGCCCGCUGUAUUUGGAAAAAAGAGAAAGAAGAAUGCAAAAAAGAGGCUUUCUCAGGAACAAGCUAAAGAUGACGCUGGUCAGCAGUCUGAGGCCACUGAAAUGGAUGGUCCUCGAGGUCCAGAACGUCAAAGUCUGCCUCCAGAAGUGCCUCCAAAAGCGCCUCUCAUUGAGCCCAAGCCAGAGCCAGAGGAGCAGGAGAUCUUUCCAGUGCAGGUGAAAGUGGAAGAGGUAGAGAUGGAGAUGGAGACGCCCAUUGAUCCUCCAGACCAGCCUCAACAAGUACCUCUGGGUGUUAUUAAGCGGGAGGAGGGAGGUGAGCAGAUGAAGUCAAGACUACAUCAGGCGUCACGGGAGAGCAGCUUGGAAAAUAAGAAUGUGGAGCGGAAAGAAACAGCAGCAGGAAGAAGCGAAGAGUGGGCAUUAUGGGAAGAGAACCUUACUGGUGAAAGCACCAUGGAGCAGAGUAAAGACAAAAGCGGUGAUGUGGAGAAGAUUCAAAAACUAGAUGAAGUGGAGGACGGCAGGGGAGAUGACAGCGCCAUGGAGGACAUUUCAGAGAGCAGUACAGAACAGGACACUACAGGAGAGGCUACAGUCAAAUGAAAACAAACUAAGAAAAAACUGAAAGAAAACCACUGAAAGAAAAAGUAUUACACAAAGUCAGGCUGACAUACUUAGAACAAAUAAAUGUACAGUACAGCAUCAGUGCACUUUUGAAUCUCUGUUGGUUUAAAGUUAUGAUCCUCAAGAUUUCAGUCCUGGUUGACCUGCAGAUACAUUGUGGCAAGAGCAAGUGUGCAGGUUGCACGCUUUUGGGGGAGACGAAACACACUAUAUUGUUUUAAUAAAGCUCUGACAGUGAUGGGAGACUGAUCAUUAAACCCUUACAGUUAAAUAUAUCAUAUAUGUCACAUCACCGAAAUACAACUACAAACAGUUGCACUGGAUUA